AGCCCAUAUUUGUCGAGAGAGCGCACUGACACACAUCCACUUCUGUUGCAGCUCCACUCAAAAGCUGUGUUCAGUUCAGAAGUUCUCUUUCCAUCCAGUGAGGAACAUGCAUCUUGCCUAACACAUCAUCAAAUGGAUCUUUCUUAAACUGCAAGUCAAAACCCUGCUGAGCUGUUGGCAGCAUCGAUCUAGUGCAGCUAGAACAGACUAGAUGUGACUCCGCUGGACAAGACCCGAAAGCUGGGCACAAAUAUCCAAAUAUGCGCGUAAUUGGAGCGCACUGGCGAGGCGCCCCUUGCAUCCACACAGGGAUAUCGCUGUCGUGAUGUUCAAUACUUCGGGAAUUGAGUUCACUUUUAACAAAAAAGAGGACAUUUCCGAAGUUAUCAAUGGCACUCUGCAGCUUUUAUACAACGGCCUCGUCACCAGUAGUCCCACAACCAUGUGGAAUGAGUCGUGCGGGGAGCAGCUGUUGGAUUUCGGGCGCCCAGAGAAGAUCAUUAUUGGGGUGAUGUUGGCGAUCAUCACGGCGGUCACCGUGAUGGGAAACACGCUGGUGGUGAUCGCAGUGUGCGUAGUGAAGAAACUAAGGCAACCUUCAAACUACCUUCUGGUGUCCUUAGCAGUAGCAGACCUGUCAGUUGCCAUAGUUGUGAUGCCGUUUGUAAUAGUGACAGACCUCACCGGCGGAAAGUGGCUUUUUGGAGAAGUGUUCUGCAAUAUCUUCAUCAGCAUGGAUGUAAUGUGCUGCACUGCCUCUAUUAUGACCCUGUGUGUGAUCAGCGUCGAUAGGUAUCUGGGGAUCACACGGCCUCUCACCUACCCGGCUCGACAAAAUGGGCAGCUGAUGGCAAAGAUGAUCGUGGGAGUGUGGCUGGUGUCGGCAUCCAUUACCCUGCCACCUUUCUGUGGUUGGGCAAAAAACGUCCACACAGCCGGUGUGUGCCUCAUUAGCCAAGACUUUGGCUACACCAUCUAUUCCACAGCAGUAGCCUUCUACAUCCCCAUGCUGGUAAUGCUGGUCAUGUACUACAAGAUCUUCAGGGCAGCUCGCAAGAGUGGUGCCAAACACCGCUUCACCGACCUUUCGCGCCGUGAGCGCCUCGAAACAGUGGCUAAUGAGGCGCUUCGUAUGCAAGGCCUAAAACCGCCCGGUGUGGCGGAGGAGUGCGCUGCCUUGUCUCGCCUGUUGAACCGUGAGCGCAGAAACAUCUCCAUCUUCAAGAGGGAGCAGAAAGCAGCCACAACACUGGGAGUGAUUGUGGGAGUGUUUGCUGUGUGCUGGCUGCCGUUCUUCAUCCUGUCCACUGCCAGGCCCUUUAUCUGUGGAGUUGAGUGUAGCUGUGUACCCAUUUGGCUGGAGCGUACGCUGCUCUGGUUGGGUUAUGCCAACUCGCUAAUGAACCCCUUCAUCUACGCCUUCUUCAACCGAGACCUACGCUCCACGUAUCGUGACCUUCUUCGCUGUCGUUAUCGUAACAUCAACCGCCGAUUGUCUGCUGUAGGUGUCCACGAGGCUCUCAAGGUGUAAUUAGGAUCAUAUAUUGUUUCAGACUGACUCGAGGAUCCUGUGAGCUUGUACACUUGGUGCUUAAAAGGGUGACAUGUACACAGCAGGCCUGUAGAUAAGACACAGACUGACAGAAUGGGAGUCACUGUUGGUGGCUCACUGUCCCCUCUGCAAAGACACAGAGGAGCAUGAUCACUUCAGUGUGUGUGUGACUCAGUCAUUCUAUUUUGGGAUGGAAAAAUCAUAGAGCGUACUUGAUAGGCUAUUCAAGUCGACACUGCUUUUGUGCAUAUGCCACAGUUCCAUCCUGGCUCCGGAUUUAUGGCUGGAUAAUGUAGUGGCAAAGGAAAUGACAUACAAACACAAUAAAUCAUCCUAGGGUUUUGAAAAGGAAACAAAAGGAAACAGAAAGGAAAAUGAUUUCUGUAUAUUACCAAAUUUGAUGUUUCAUAAAGAAAAACAUUUGUUCUGUGGUACAAUUUCUCCUGAACAUCCUUUUAAUAUGCAUUUAAAGAAAUUUAGAUUAACUUCAAACUUAAGGCAAACACUUGAAGGUGUAAUAUGCCAGGAUUAAGUAUUGUUUGUAUCUUUUAAUUUCUAUUCAUUUCUUUUAAUUUAGUCCUUUCACGCAAUAGCUCACAUAGUAUCACAAAUGUUCAAAAAAUGUGGUGCCGUUUGAUGCCAAGUGAAUAGGGGUGGGUGGAAAAUGGUGUUAAAAUACAACAUGGAGGGAACACUUUCCAUUCAUGAAAUAUCAGUGUUG